AUGAAGCUUUUAUCCAGCGUCCUUCUUGCACUCCUUGGUGUUGUUGCUGUCCAGGGGUCGCCGCUGAAUGGUGUCGGCGUUGAUGCUGCCCCUAACGGCAGCCAGAAGCCGCAUGCGAUGGAACUUAUACGUGAGCUGCAAACCGACCCCCACGGCUUCACGCAUGUGGCCGAUGAUGGAAUCGUCCGGUCCUUCGACAGUAAGGGCAAUGUGAUUGCCGCCGUAAGAAUGACCAACCACGAGCUCAUGCAAGUUGCCUCGUCUCAGACAGACCCUGAAGCAAAAAAACACCUGGAAGAGGUCUGGGCUGAAGUCAAUGGCCAUGAGGUUCCAGAGAAGGAUUUGUUUUCGCCGCCCAACAACAUACUCCCAACCAGGCUGACGAACCCGGAGGUUCAAGAUCACCUUCAAAUGGUGGAUUUCCAAAAAAGAAAUGAGAAUGGCGGGCUCACUCCUAACGUUAAUUGCCGUGCAUUUACUUGCAGAGAAAGCGCUUUCUGCUUGUCUCAAGGCUGCACGAGCUGUGUUCAAUACGAUAAGUUCAUGGGUAUGAACUGUAUCUAA